CGGGUUGCUGCCCCUCUCCAGCCACCUAUCAUACCCAGGUUAGGUUAGGAUAGAAUAGCGUAGAAGAGUAGUAGAACAACAUAGGAUGGGGUCGAACAGGAGCUGUGCAUGUCGAAUUUGGUCGAAAUCGAAUCCAAAGAGUUAGUGUCACUUUGUCUAUGUAGCGGCAUCCUCUCUGUAGAAGCUGGAUGAAUUAGUUACGGGGGUUGAAAGGUAGAGUAGGUUAUGGGAGAGAAGCAAUGAAAGGGAAUUGAAAGGGCAAUUAAAGGGAAGAAGAGUCUCAGGAACGCAUGCGAUUGCAGUUCGACUCAUAUGUUUAAUCAGUGCUUCUGCUGGCGUAAGGGGCGUCAACAUGGUUUUUUACAAUGGGUUUUCUCACAAGGGGUCGUAGUCUGAUUCUGUGGUUUGGCGGUGUAGCAUACACUGCCAUACAGCAGUCGAGCAAGUGCAGACGGGUAUUGAGACAGGAUGAAAUUUUAAUUUACGGCGGCAGUAGUGUAGGGCUUUCCUCUCUGAAGCGUAGAUUUCGAUAGGAGUACAUGCGUAGAUUGCCAUUGGAGUAGAUUAUGUGCUAAGCAUACCAAUAAGACAUCAUGUAUCUAUGCAUAUCCAGAGAAAUUUAUACAUACGUAUAGUCGCGAAACAUAUAUGGGGAGGUGGGCGGAGGUGAUGAAAGAGGGACAGCAGAGGACAAGUGUUAGGCUCCAGGCGCACCUGUCUCUCUUGUAGUUGGGGCAGAUCGAAUUGUUGUGUUUGUGAUUUAUAUCUUGUAGAUAUUAUGAAUAUUUGUGUCUAUAUAAAAUGUUCAACUAAAAACCUGAGGUUUUCCAAUACUUUUGGACAGGUCAGCAUCUUCAUCACAUCCAUGUAUAGACAUAGCUACUGAUCUACGUCGGAGAACGAUGUAGUUGAUUUGAAUGCAACAGUGGGAACUAAACUAAUUUUCAGGUACAUAUGUGGCUGAGAUGAUUGGACUCACCCAUCUACUCCCAAGUGUCUGAUAAGUGCGCUCAGUGCUGCUGAGUUUGAUUGCCCUUGACCGUGCCGUCCAGGGUAAACACCUAACUUCGGAAAAGGAGAAGCGAGGUGGUUUUAUAUACCUGGAGGUGUACGUGAGGGAAGAGGGGGUGGCGGAAAGUGAGAGACAACAGCAGGAGGAGAGAGAGAGGAAGAGAGACAGACAGAGAGAGAGAGAGAGAGAGAGAGAGAGAGAGAGAGAGAGAGAGAGAGAGAGAGAGAGAGAGAGAGACAGAGAAAGAGAGAGAGAGAGAGAGAGAGAGAGAGAGAGAGAGAGAGAGAGAGAGAGAGAGCAGGAGCAGGUUCGUUCCUGGGUCGUUAUACCAGAUAAAUAGUUUUAGUGGUGGUGUUUGUGUGAUUGCCGCUUAUGUCUCUCUUCACGUGGGUGAAGCGUUUGUUUAGGCCUGACUCCCUUCUCACCAGGAUUCGUGCUUAUGGGGCAUCAUGGGCACGGCGUAUGUCAAUGGCGGGUCGUCCCAGAGGAGCAGCCCAAGGCGUGGGCAUGUUUAUUACAGCAAAUGGUGGUGGUGCUGUACCCCCUCGGGCAGGUCAAGAAGUUGACAAACAAUCUGUUGAUAUCACAUUCAUCGCUGUGUCUUCAGCAGUUAUACCCCCAGUCAAUCCACCUCCUCCUGCGGGCCCCCAACCUGGACGGCCAUCCAGCUCGUUGGAUGUGAUGAGUGUACAAAAGACCUCUGGAAAGAAGGGAUGGAAAGCACAAAAGAGCAUCAAGGCCGCGCCUGUUGUAAUAAAGUGCAAAGGGUGUGGCCGAAUAAAGUUGCCUCAGUUUUAUUGCUGUGGUGCGCCAAAACUUAAGAGCAUUGAAGGCUGACAUGGCAUUUGCGUGUCGGCCCCUUUUUUUUUAACGAGCUUGUGAGUCGUUUUUACUCUUCUGAUCAACAUUUGCACGGGUUUCUUUUUGUUCGCUGUUUUGUGGACACUGUUGGAUACUCUGCAUGUGUGUGAUGGUAUGUAUGCAUAUCUGAAUAUAUAUGUACGAUAUAUAUAUGAUAUAUACACACACGAUAAAUAUGUGUAUGAGCAGAGCAAUCAUGUGCUGGCGCGAGGUGUUUGGGACUCAAGUUGAGAGGGAAAGGAUGAUUUUUUAGGAGAAGAGGGUAGGGUAGGGUAGGGUAGGCAGGUUACGAAAUUUGAUAUCUUGCUGAGGAUUGGAUUCCCAAGCAGUAUUAGGGACGUGCACAGCACUCCUUUUAGGCUCUCAAUUCAGGUCGCAGCGAUCCUCACUGGUUCGUCAAGUAGCUAUGAUGUCGAGAAUCUGGCUCCCCAGUUGAUGGGUAAGUACUAAGUUAGUUGGAGCACAGGCAGAUCGUAGGCUUUGGAUGCGAAGGGAGGAGUGUCAGAGAGGAGGCGCAGGUAACAGGCACAGGCAGAUCGUAGGUGCGAAUGUGCAAUUAUAUUUUUGUAGAGGUUGAAGGCUUUGUAGCACUUAGGUUGAGGCUUGUAGGAUGAAGGGUGGGUCUAUGGCCUUGUCUUUUUUUUUUCCCAACCGGGAAUUCCGUCUUGCAGCCAGCUGGUCAGUCCGCUACCUUCUUUUGUUUCACUUGGCUUUGUUGGCCAGCGAGCUAUUUUAACCGAAUGUGUUGUGACGUGUUGUGCAGAUAGGAUUCCUGUGGCCCUGUUGAUGAAUGCAACUCUGUUCAGCUGCUGCGACCUCUUGUCAGAAACAUUCCCCUGCGGAUGAUGCUUGUCGCUGCUCACAAUCUGUACGUGCAAGGGUAGCCAUCUGCCCAUCUCCCCAUCUGCCUGUUCCAGAUCUUGCUGCUUAAUUAAUGAUGUUGUAUAUUACUAUAUGUUCAUUUGUUUCAACUUUUAAUCCACUAAAUUGAUAUGUGUGUCUGCGCACGGGUGUGUGCGUGUGCAUGCACACUUUGUUUUUAUCGGGCCGCAUGCUGUGUGAUUGAUUACUAUGGAGGUUGCAGAAGUUGCGCUGUUGCAAGAAAUGAUGCUGCGUACAGCUGAUCUCAGCGCAUACACACACGACCACACUUUUAAAUGUAUCUGAUCGUAGUUACGGCCCUUGGAUGUAUCCUGGCCGCAACUGCAUCCACAAAUAAGUAAAAGACUCGUAGCGCA